AUGCUAAGAAAGCUUCUUGAAGCCAAAGAUAAUGGAAUUUCAGAAGAAAAAUUCCUUUUUGGCAAAAGUCUUCCAGUGGAAACUUAUUUUUCAGAUACACCUUUCAAUUUAAACAGUUUCUCUAUUGAUAAUCAUUAUAGCAAGAUUUAUUCCUUUUUAAAUCUUUCAAAGCACGUAGAAUCAACCGAUG